GUCCUUAUCAGAUUUCUCAAAAUUUUUUAUCAGAAUACCAAAAUAAUUUUUGAUUUAAGCAUAAAGGGUAUUUAAGAACAGCAUUUAUGAGUCAUCACAUGCACCCAUUAAUACGAAUUUAUAACCAUCUAGCAGGCAGAGAAUUUCAAAAACCCUAAGGCCAUUUACACCACCAAGCAUUCAAACCACCUUGAAAUUGAAAACCAAAACUGCUAUCUCCUUAUUGAAGAGGCACCAGAAGAUGAGGGGCUGGAAAGAUUUGGGGCUUGUAGACACCAUCUAUGAGGAAGAUUCUGAAUGUUCUUCUGCCUCUCCAUCCAUUUCUUCUCCUCCCAUACCUCUCCAUUCUAGAGUUGAGUCCUGGUCCCAGGCAACAGGGAAGCAAACAGAUGUCUUGAUAUAUGUCCAGGGAACCUGCUUUCAUCUACAUAAGGAACCGCUAGCAUCGAGGAGCACGUAUUUGAAACGUCAACUAACGGAACUCUCCGAAAUAACGCUCCCGCUAAACAUAACGGCUGAAACGUUCGCCCUUGUUGCAGACUUCUGCUACGGUACCCACGUAGUGUUAACGCCGUUCAACGUGGCGGCGCUGAGAACCGCAGCCGAGGUGCUGGGGAUGACAGACAAUAAACGCGACGAGAACUUGAGGCAGAUAACGGAAAAGUACUUCCGUCGAGUGAUUGUUGUUAACCGGGAGCUGGCGCAGAUUGUUUUUGGUUCGUGUUUGCGGUUGCUUCCAGAGGCUGAAACGACAGCGUUUCUCUUGAGUAGAUGCGUGGAAGCUUUGAGCGAUGAUGGAAGCGAGAUGGACAGAGUUGUCGACGAUAUUAUAGAUUUGGCCGCUGACGAGUUUGAAAUCGUAGCAGAGACGAUGCAUUUCAGGUUUACUUGCCACGACGUGCUGUACAGGAUUGUCGAUCUUUACAUCCAGGAACAUAGUGGGAAGAUAACAGAAGAGCAGAAGAUGGAGAUAUGCAAUUUCAUUGACUGUGAAAAGCUCUCUCCUCAGCUUCUCAUUCAUGCAGUGCAGAAUCCUAGACUCCCAUUACGAUUCAUUGUCCGAGCCAUGUUGAUUGAACAGCUAAAUACCCGCCGUGCAAUCUUCACCUCCACUGCAGCUGCCACCAACCACUGUGCACCCCAACAUCACGAGGAGAAUGAGGUCAUCACCCUUGGCUCAAUCCUUCAACGGGAUGCAGCUGUACGAGAAGCAGCUCAACUCAAAGAGGAAAUGGACGCCACGAACUCACGUAUUGAAAGCUUGGAGAAAGAGUUGGCUGGGAUGAAGAAGCUUUUGCAGAAAUCUGAGAAGGAAACAAGUCUGAUGGAGAAGAAGCUUUUGGUUGGGUCAGAGAAGGAAAGAAGCAUUAUGGGGUUGAGGAGACGGAAGCUAGAAAGGGAAGAAAGGAGUGUGAUGGGUUCAUCUAGGUCUGCGAGUUUUCAUUAUGGUUCGACGGAUGCUAAGAUAGAAAGAGGCGAAAGAGGAUCAACUUCCUUUGCUGGUUUCAGACUAGGUGUUAGAGGUGCAAAAACAGGAGGGUCUUCACACGAGGACAGUCCCAGAAGUAAGAAAAAUAUCGGUAUUGGAAUGGGACUGAUUCGUAGAUUAAAAAGUACAUUAUGGGUAUCAAAAUCUGCUUCAAAAAGCCACACUAAGAACAAAAUUUUGAGCAAAGAAGAUGGAACUGCGGUAAAAGCUGAAAAUGAAGAUGUUUCUGAGACCACACAGCAAAAUGAGGAGGCUUCUCAUAAAAGGAGACUUACUGUCUAGGAUGGCCACAUUUUUUUUUUCGGGGGGUUGGAUUUAUUUGCUCACUGAAUAUUGAUUUGCUCAUUGAGGUUUUUAACUUAUAUUUGUUAAUUUAAUUUACAAAAAUGCUUGUUGAAUCAAAAUGAUUCGGAUCAAAUGCCCUUAAAUUGUUUUUGUUCUUU